UCACCUUUUCGUUAUACGAAUUCACCUUCCAAACACGUGAUACGCGCUGGACUGGACCCACAUCCGCGUCAAAGAAAGUAUAAUUAACGCACAAUCUUCGCAUCGUCUCUUCUACUUCAUCCGCUGUCAACUUUACAUCAUGAGUAUGACAGCUGAGCAAACUACCACGACGUCCUUCACAUGUUUCCCUCGACUUCCGCCAGAGUUACGCCAAAAGAUUUGGAGAUUCGCUCUUCCGACUUCUCGCAUCGUCCAAGUAUACGGCAACGUUCGACCAUACCUGCCCAGAUUCGAAGUCCUUGGUCGUGGAAAGGGGCAUCCAGAGCCUCUUGCCGUUCUUGCGCACACAUGCCGAGAGUCUUACCACGUCAUGAGAGAAUCCUAUGACCUUCUCUUCCAACAUCAAACUAAGCACGGUAUCUAUUUCAACAGCGAAAAUGACAUUCUCUACAUCCACGAUAGAUAUGCCCAGAUGUUGUUCGUCGAAAGAAACAAGUCCAAAAACGACCAGCAUUACCUCGAGAAACACGCCGUCAGAUAUCUCGCUUUUGGCCGCUGCAUGUGGGGUCGAUAUUGCGAUAGAGAUACCCUUUGGAGUUACGUACCAUAUUAUCAUAUCGGACUACUGGAAAGUUUGACGGGUCUUAAACAUAUCGCAUUCAUUGCCAACGGAUCCCAAGACUUGCGUGGUUUGACGGCCAGCGGUUUAUUCCAGGAAAUUCGCGCGAGGAUGAGAGAUUGUGCUAAUAGUCGGCUUCCACGGCUUCCACUACCGGUCAACUACGAUUUUCCUACGGAGGAUCUUAAGCUUGAGUUGCUUCAAGACGUGACGGACUUUCAAAAAUCGAUUCUUGAUAGUUAGGGACCGGUGGUGAAACUUUUGCGUGGAUUUAGCGGUGUA